UAACUCAUAAAGUACAUCAUGCACCAACAUGAAGCCUAGAAGAAAAUGCAAGUGAAAAACUCGUGGCCAAUAUCCACUGCUUCUUCUACCAUUCUCGAGGACGAAAUCAUGUAUUGAUGCUUCACUGUUUUGUAUGAUCCGUGAUGCUAAAUGAUUCUCUUGUAAUCUCCAUUUGUUGGAAAGUAUCACUCAAAAGAAAGUGUAAAGAAGAGAAUAAAUAGCAAACUAAUAUUGUCGAUGUUGGCUGCUUAAAGCGUUGAUGUGAUUUGAAGAAUUUAAUUCUGCUUUCUACCCAAUUAUUCCAGAGUCCAUUUAUUUAGAGCAAUAUCUCUGCACAUAAGCUUGUAGUACUGUCUGAUAGAGGAAAUUGGUUAGCAAAGAGAGUGAUAAGAAAGGUGUUACUCUACUUCUUUCAAGAGUGCUGGAUUCAAUGGCUGAUUUGAAGAGCUGUGAUGAAUGGAAACCUUUCAUAGCAAUGAUAACAAUUGAUUUUGCUUUUUCCAUUGUGAAUAUUCUUCUCAAGAAAGUCCUUGAUGAGGGUAUUAACCGUUUGGUCCUUAUCACAUACCGGCUUUCGAUUUCUGCAAUUUUCUUGGGUCCUAUCGGCUACUUCCGGGAAAGGGGUAGCAGACCGCCGCUCACAUUUCGCAUCUUAUGCUACCUGUUCCUCAGUGCGAUUGUUGGGGCAUCACUGACACAAUGCUUCUUCCUUAUCGGCAUUCAAUAUACAUCUGCUACAUUUUCAUGUGCCUUCAUCAACAUGGUUCCUGUCGUUACGUUUAUAAUGGCACUGCCAUUCAAAAUGGAGACUGUUCAUAUAAAAUCCAAUAGCGGAAAAGCCAAAGUACUCGGUACCCUGGUGUGUGUUGCUGGUGCCAUGCUGUUGACUCUCAUCCGAGGAGCACCAUUAUUUAACAAUUCACCUGGUCAAGCUGUAACUCGAGCCAUGGAUCAUAGCCUAAAGCUGAGCCAAACUAAAAGGGCCGGAAGAUGGACCUUUGGUUGUAUUGCUUUGCUUGUUGGAACGCUGUUGUGGUCUGGUUGGUUUGUACUUCAAUCACAUAUUGGAAGGAGAUACCCCUGCCAAUGUUCUAGCACUGCCAUUAUGUCCUUCUUUGGUGCCAUUCAGUCAGCUAUUUUAUGCUUGUCCACUGAAAGGAGCCUCUCCAUAUGGGUUCUGAAGGGGAAAAUAGAAAUUAUAACUGUCCUGUAUGCUGGAAUCAUAGGAUCAGGCUUGUGCUAUGUGGGCAUGUCAUGGUGUGUUAAGAAAAGGGGUCCAGUCUUUACAGCAGCAUUCAGUCCCCUAGUUCAGAUAAUGGCAGCCAUGCUUGAUGUCCCUAUCCUCCAUGAGGAACUCUAUCUUGGCAGUUUGCUGGGAUCCAUCUUUGUGAUAAUUGGCUUGUACAUUCUUCUUUGGGGUAAGAACAAAGAAAUGCAGAAUCACGCAACAAGAGUAGCUCAAGAAGCUGAAGAGAUAAAGGAACAAGAGCCCCCCUUACAAGUUGUCAGUACUGUCUCUUGUGAUUCAAGGUGUCCUUGAGGCCAAGUUAAAUGAUCUUUCCUCUUUCCAAGAAAAUCCAUGUUUGGUACUAAUUGUACUUUCCUUUAAAUUCCACUAACAUUCGAAUAAAUCUCGAAGAAAAUAUUUUCA